AAGAAGUAGUCGGAGACCACAGUGAAGCUUAGAUCCAAGCAGUAAACAGUGAGCCAGUAAACGAGCUUUCUUCAGAUCCCCUCAGAUUCCCAAAAUUGGAGCCCUAAUGCAUCAAUUAGGUUAUACUUAAUCAGUCCGAUUGUACAUAUUCAAUACAAUGGCCAAGCAUUCGGCGGUGGCGUCGUUCGUCCCACUCCAAAAGCGGUGGUCGUUGAUGAUAUUAUUAUGCAUCGCUCUCUCCACCGCCGUCGCGUUCUUUAUCGGAGCCUCAUUCAAUUCCUGCAACUCCGCAGAGUACCCUGACCGCCACAAUUUCAAUGCUCCGGUUCAGUCAUUCAACUCCGGCGGCACCACUGCCGCGAAAGAAGAAAACCCACUCGAUUUUAUGAAAUCGAAGUUUGUGCUCAUGGUCUCGCAUGAGCUCUCGCUCUCAGGUGGACCUUUACUAUUAAUGGAGCUUGCCUUUCUGUUAAGAGCUGUUGGUACACGAGUUGUCUGGAUCACGAAUCAGAAACCUGCUGAAUCAGAUGAUGUGGUAUUCAGUUUGGAGCAAAGAAUGACUGACAGAGGAGUGGAGAUCAUGUCUGCAAAAGGGCAGGAAACUGUCGAUGCAGCUCUUAAAGCUGAUCUAGUUAUUUUAAAUACUGCUGUGGCUGGCAAGUGGCUGGAUGCUGUGCUCCAAAAAAAUGUUGCUCGUGUACUCCCCAAGGUUUUGUGGUGGAUUCAUGAGAUGCGAGGGCAUUACUUCAAACUGGAGUAUGUUAAGCACCUCCCUUUUGUUGCAGGUGCCAUGAUUGAUUCACAAACUACUGCUGACUACUGGAAGAACCGAACUCAUGAACGAUUAGGGAUUAAGAUGCCUGAGACCUAUGUUGUGCACCUGGGGAAUAGCAAAGAGUUGAUGGAAGUAGCCGAAGACAGUAUUGCUAGAAGGGUCCUUCGGGAGCAUAUUAGGGAAUCUCUUGGCAUACGAAAAGAUGAUCUUCUGUUUGCCAUUAUCAACAGUGUUUCCCGGGGGAAAGGUCAGGAUCUAUUUCUUAAAGGUUUCUAUGAAGCUCUGCAACUCAGCAAAGAGAGGAAGCUUAAACUGCCACCUAUGCAUGCAGUUGUAGUGGGUAGUGACUUGGGUGCCCAGACUAAAUUUGAAACAGAACUUCGCAAUUUUGUUGCUGAGAAGAAAAUUCAGGAGAAUGUUCACUUUGUGAACAAAACAUUAAACGUUGCACCUUAUUUGGCUUCAAUUGACAUUCUUGUUCAAAACUCGCAGGCCCGUGGUGAGUGUUUUGGGAGGAUUACCAUUGAAGCCAUGGCCUUUGAGCUGCCUGUACUGGGUACUGCAGCUGGAGGUACAAUGGAGAUUGUAGUGAACGGCACGACAGGUUGGCUUCAUCCAGCUGGCAAAGAGGGUGUAACACCCCUUGCAGAAAACAUCAUUCAGCUGGCCACAAAUGUAGAUAUGAGAAGAACAAUGGGGAUGAAGGGUUACGCUCGGGUCAAAGAAAUGUUUCUGGAACACCAUAUGUCACAUAGAAUAUCCUUGGUCUUGAAGGAUGUUUUGCAGAAAGCAAAGAGAUCAAUUAAUUAACCAAGAAACCACCUUUCCGGUUAUGCCUGCAAAAGAGCAUGAAACUUUCGAUGCAGCUCUUAAAACGUUUUGGUCAUGUGGCUCCAAGACAAUUUUUCCUUGUGGUGGAUCCAAGCAAUGUGAGGCCAUUACUUUAAACUGGUUUUGCUGCACUAGCCAUGAUCGAUUCGAUGGAUGCACCGGGCUGAUUGGGGUAUGCCACUUUAAGAGUCCUAUCCUUGUGUUUGCUUUAUGGCCAUUUCACAUCAAUCAGCUGCAGCAAAUGCCCAAAUAACUGUGUAUUCAUAUUUGUGACUUAAAUAGCUCUAGCCAUUUCAUGUAUAAAGUUCUUUGACAUAUUAUUUCAUUCUCGCAGCUUCUGCUUUCUGAUAAAUUUAAUUUAAUUUAAUUUCCUCGUUUAUUUGUA